AUGACAUCUGGCCUCGGGAGUUUGGAGUUUGGUGUGGAGAUGCUGCUCCACCAUGACAUCUGGCCUCAGGAGUUUGGUGUGGAGAUGCUGCUCCACCAUGACAUCUGGCCUCAGGAGUUUGGUGUGGAGAUGCUGCUCCACCAGGACAUCUGGCCUCAGGAGUUUGCUCCCAACCUGAAGGGCCGGCCUCGGAAAAAGAAGCUGUCCGUCUCGCAACGCUGCGACUCCCAGAAUACACCAGCAGGCAAGGAGACGUGCAACACAGAGGGAAAGGCCCCUGACAAGGUGAAGCCUGAGUCCAAGGCAGUGCUGUCCAGGUGGCCUAAAGGAAUCAGUAGAGGCAGCAGCUGCUGUAAGAGGGUCUCCCCUAAAGGAAGAACAGGGGGAGGAGGUGAGGAGUGUCCUGAUGAACAGGCCUUCCUAGUAGCUCUGUAUAAAUACAUGAAGGAGAGGAGGACGCCCAUAGAGAGGAUCCCCUACCUGGGCUUCAAACAGAUAAACCUUUGGAACAUGUUUCAAGCAGCAGAGACCCUUGGAGGAUAUGAACUGAUCACAUCGCGCCGACAGUGGAAACAUGUUUAUGACGAGUUAGGAGGAAACCCAGGAAGCACCAGCGCUGCAACCUGCACCAGACGACACUAUGAAAGGCUUAUCCUGCCCUAUGAGAGGUUCACUAAAGGAGAGGAAGAUAAGCCCCUCCCCCUAUCCAAACCCCGUAAAGACCUCACCGCCCAGCAGGAGGUCCCCAAGACCAAGGUUCCCACGGUGACGCAGUGCCCCAAAGAGGAGCAGCACCCAGAAAACGCCCAACCCCCCAGGACUGAACAGGACCACUGUGCUAAAGGCCUGGAACUCUCACCAGAGUGUGAGGAGAAGGAAAAUAGUCCGGAGGAGGAGGGAGUCAAGGUGAAGCAGGAGGUGCCCCUGCCGGCUGGUGAGGUGAGCAGGAGCACCAGUGAGGAGGAGGAGGAGCCAGUAGCGGUCUGCAUAAAGGAGAGGGUUCUACACCAAGGAGUUUCCUGGGAGAACAACGAGAAGCCACCUUCAGACACCACUACACUCCACUUCUUCCCCGUAGACACUCUCACUCCAAUAAACCACUCCCACCCUCAGGACCAAUGGCAAAAGGAGCUGCCUAACUAUGUCAACCCAUGUCCCCAGGCCAGGCUGGACCAGUCUGGGUUGACUGAGGAGCCCCAGGGCCCUAACCCUGGCAUGGUGGGCAUAGUGGGGGUGGUACUCCCCAUUCGGCAGAGGUCCCUACAGUCCCCAGGGCUCCAGAGGACACCACAGACAGAGCACAGCUCCCUGGACAGGACCACUCCUGUUACAGAUACUCUACUAUACUCUACCCAGGCAGAGCCCAUCCUGGACCUGGCAUCAACCAUCCAGACACCAACCAUUCAGGCACCAACCCUGGCAUCAACCAUCCAGGCACCAACCCUGGCACCAACCAUCCAGGCACCAACCCUGGCAUCAACCAUCCAGGCACCAACCCUGGCACCAACCAUCCAGGCAUCAACCAUCCAGGCAUCAACCAUCCAGGCACCAACUCUGGCACCAACCAUCCAGGCACCAACCCUGGCAUCAACCAUCCAGGCACCAACCCUGGCAUCAACCAUCCAGGCACCAACCCUGGCAUCAACCAUCCAGGCAUCAACCAUCCAGGCACCAACCCUGGCAUCAACCAUCCAGGCACCAACCCUGGCAGCAACCAUCCAGGCAUCAACCCUGGCAGCAACCAUCCAGGCAUCAACCAUCCAGGCACCAACCCUGGCAUCAACCAUCCAGGCACCAACCCUGGCAUCAACCAUACAGGCACCAACCAUCCAGGCACCAACUCUGGCACCAACCAUCCAGGCACCAACCAUCCAGGCACCAACCAUCCAGGCACCAACUCUGGCACCAACCAUCCAGGCACCAACCAUCCAGGCACCAACCAUCCAGGCACCAACUCUGGCACCAACCAUCCAGGCACCAACCAUCCAGGCACCAACCAUCCAGGCACCAACUCUGGCACCAACCAUCCAGGCACCAACCCUGGCACCAACCAUCCAGGCACCAACCCUGGCACCAACCAUCCAGGCAUCAACCAUCCAGGCACCAACUCUGGCACCAACCAUCCAGGCACCAACCCUGGCAUCAACCAUCCAGGCACCAACCCUGGCACCAACCAUCCAGGCAUCAGUCAAUGGGAACGCCCCUGGGCCAUCUCUGCCCAAUCACUACGCCAUUGGCCCGCCCCCACCCCUCAUCAACACAAGCCUGGCUAUUGGCAACGCAGAGGAGUCGGCCAGUCAGCCAAUAGCAGGCUGUCAGGGUUCCUGCAGCACAGACACAGCUGUGGUCAAACGUCCGUCUGUCAUCCAGCAUGCCCAGAGCUUCAAGCCGCUGUUCUGCGAGACAGGGGACAGGAGGGAGAGGGAGGGCCUGAACAGGAACAUGUAUAAACCAGGGGAACCCUACUCUCCCUGUGACCUGACCCAGCACCAUCCCCCUAUCCUAUCCACCCCCCAGGCUAUACACCAUCCCCAAUCCCAUCCACCCCCCCAGACUAGACACCAUCCCCAGCCCCACCCUAACUCUCACUGUGACCUGACCCAGCCCCACCCUAACUCUCCCUAUGACCUGACCCAGCCCCACCCUAACUCUCCCUAUGACCUGACCCAGCCCCACCCUAACUCUCCCUAUGACCUGACCCAGCCCCACCCUAACUCUCCCUAUGACCUGACCCAGCCCCACCGUAACUCUAUCUAUGACCUUUACCUACGGAGUCCUGAGACACCCCAACCUGGCCACAUUACCAGAUUCCUGCCUGACUUCUCCCCCCCCCUCCACCCCCUCCACCUCCACAGUUUGGACAACCAUACAGAGACACACGUCAGCCAGUUCAUCAGCAGCAGGGAGAGGGAGACAGCCUUACCCAGGGACUGUGAGGCCGCGCCUGGCCCGGGAGGGCCGCGAUUCCCCUCCUCUAAACACCCCGACACAAUGGGUCUGGGGGGCUACUGUGCCCGUAUAAACCCCCUGACCCCCAACCUGACCCCUCACACACUAAGAGACAGGACGUCUCUCGUACAGACAUGCUCAGAAGACCAACCCACAGACUUAAGUCUUCCCAAGUCCUCUCCUCACAAACCUACCCCCUCCACUGCCACCCCCUCCCUUCACAACAACCCCCACCCCCUCAUGCCCCUCCAGGAUACUGGGAGGUUCUGUAGAGUCCCCCCCAUGACCAUGUCCUCCAGCCCCAGACAGCCUGCAGACCCCCAGCCUAACCCCAGGGGGAAGACCCUGAAUGGCCAGACAGGAGGAUGGGAGGACCAGGGGCUGGGACACAAGAUGGAGGAGCUAAACAGACCCAUCCUAGGCACCAAGAAUACGUCCAGACCACAGAACAACGCGUGCACGGCGCGCCCACUGAAGAGGAGUCUGGAGGAGCGGGAGAACGGGCCCCCAGAGAGGAAGAUCAGAGCUGUCACUCCCAUGCACUCCUCCUCUUCCUCCUCAUCCUGUACAAUCAGGGACAGAGACAGGGAGGGCCACUCGGAGUGGAAGGUCAGGUCCCCAGCGCUGGAGGGGGUGGUACCAGCCGACCCCCAGCCAGCCCCGGCCCACAGCCUCCACCUACACAUCAACUCCUUCGUGGAAGGACACAAGUUCCACUCCUCCCCCCUGUUCCCCAGGGGCCUCUACCCAGAGGCCUUCAUCUCUCAGAUCCAGGAUAUGUGUGAGGGCCUGGGCUCCCACAGGCCCCUGGGGUACCAUCCCCUACAGUACCUGAAGAACCAGGCCGGCCUCUCUCCUCUGGUCCCGCCCUUCGCUUUCCACUCCUUCAUGAUGCAAAGACAGGCUCACAGCCCCGCCCACAUGUACCGGCACCCUAUGCGUGCCUCGUAUGGGGAACUGUUGCAUCAUGGUCUACACCCCAUGUCUUCCAUGUCUGCCCUCAGCACACAGCUACACCCAGACAUCAGCCCCUCACAGCUCUCCUCUGUCCACCCCAACACCAAACUAUCCUAACCCUAACCCUCCCUUCAGAGCCUCACAGCUCUCCUCUGUCCACCCCAACACCAAACUAUCAUAACCCUAACCCUCCCUUCAGAGCCUCACAGCUCUCCUCUGUCCACCCCAACACCAAACUAUCCUAACUCAACCAUUCCCUACAGACAAGUCGGAAGUUUACAUACACCUUAGCCAAAUACAUUUAAACUCAGUUUUUCACAAUUCCUGACGUUUAAUCCUAGUAAA